AUGCGAUUGAAUGCUUUACAAUUAAACGAUAAGUUGACAAAAUAUACGGCAAUCUUAAUAGACAACUACGCGACCGAAGUCCAGGAGUGUGUAGACCGGGAAACCACGGAUAUAAUCCACGCCUUACAAGAGGCUCGUAUUGGGGCGCAAACUAAAUGCAUGGAUGAGUUUAGCGGUGAGUUCGCCGAUAGUAAGCCCGCAGACCUGGUGGACAAGUAUAGGCAUAGGUUGGAAAUGUCGGUGUGCGAGCAAAAUGUCACGUUUGAAACACUGUGUAAGGCUAGGGUUGCCAACGGAGACCAAUUGGUAGACGAGUUGAGCGAAAAGUUUACGCAUUUAUUGCACAGGAAAUUGGAUGACAAUUUUUUGUUUAUGACCGAACAGAAAGAGUUGUACACGUAUUUCAACGACAUUUACGGCCGGUUCACCGCUAAAUGCGAAUACCUGUGCGCUAGCGAUCAGUAUUGUAUCGAUGGUAACCAAUUGGCAGAGUAUUUACUUAAACGACAAACAGUUAUCGACUUAUUUCAAGAGGAUUACUAUUUGUGCGAAAAAUUCGGCGAAUUGACCGCAACAGCGGUCGACGAAUAUAAGCAAAAAAUUGCUGAAAUAAACACCAAAAACGCUAAAUACGUACAAAACUACAUACAAAUGGGUAAACAAGUGUACGAAAAACAAAUGAGUAAUUUACUCAAAAGCGGUACAUUUUCCGACGAAACAUUCCGGGAACAGCACAACGCUCUACUCGAUAACAUCUGGGUUAAAAUGGCAUACAAAUUAUCGACCAAACAAAUCAAACAAUCCGUAAUCAGGGAAUGCAAACAACAGCUUGAGCUAAGCAUGGAGCCAGUGUACCAUGCUCAAUUGGCGCUAAACCAGCAAAUACACGAACUUAUUAACAAUCUAAUGACCGAAAUGCUAUACAAACUGCACGAACAGUACUGUCAACAAUUUGCGGCUAGAUUAUCGCAAACACCCUACCUAGAUCGUUGCAAUUUUAACCAAGUUCACACCGAUCUGGUCAGCCAAUUGUGGCCCCGACUCGAGUCGAUCGUAUUCGACCAGAAGACUCGUUUCACCGACAAGUAUUUGUGGGAAAUAUUGGGCCUGAAUAGGGUCAACAUCGAGCUCAACGUAGAUGAAGCGAAAGAAAAAUACUGGGCCCUCAACGAGCGUAAACGAAACAAAUCCAACUCGCUAAUCGUGUCGUUCGCGGACACCCCUACCGGCGCCUACUAUGACCGACCGGCGGGCGCCAUAUUGAACGUGUUGGACGCGCACAACACGGGCCGAUUGGCCACCAAUAGCCUGGCCUUUGACGGCAAACGUAUACUGUAUGGCGCGGAGGCCGAGCGCUACCUUAAUGGCGCCAAAUCGCACAUCAUUGACAUAAUGGGUAGGGAUGUGAGCGACGACGAGCUGUAUAACUACGAGUUCCGGUUUGUGGAUAAAAAUCACCUCAAAAUCCGACUAAUAUAUGGCGACGAAGCGAACACUAGCCUAGAGUUGAACGUUGAGUCACUGUUGGCGCUGCAAACGAUCGAGAUGAAAACGGCGGCCGAGAGGCAAUUUGAUUCGCCCAUGUUAAACACCCUGUUUGUUGUGCCCACCGGGUAUACAAUUAGGCAACUGAACGCGGUCAGGGACUCGGCCACUAUAGCCGGCAUUGAGCAUGCACAUUUUAUUACCGAGAUGUCUGCGGCGGCUAUUGAUUUUGGUUUCAAUACUAGUAAUUACGACCGAAAUCUCGCCUAUCGUGAAGUGCUUAUAGUUAUAUUCGCACGUAAUAUAUGUGAGUUAGCUCUGGUCGAGUAUAUCGACGAUGGUAUGCGCUAUAAAGCGUAUAAAUGUGUGCCCAUUACCGGCCAAACACCAAACGAAAUGUACAAUUUUGUUAACAAAAAAUUGCCAACUUGGUUGGCCAGUUUGUUUAAAUACGUUAAAUAUAGCAAGGUGUUUGAUGGUUUAGUCAUUGGUGACUAUCAAAUAGCGUCGAAAAUUAAUUUCGAAAAACUGCCCAAAAAGUAUUGCACCAGGAUCACUUUCAAUUGCGUGAUGUCGGCCAUUAUAACGAGGGGUGCCGUGUUUUACAGCGACCACUACGAGACCCAUCGUAAGCCCAUUCCCAUCAGUGGUGUGUAUUUGCGGGACAUUAUGUGUUGUAUUGUGUUUAAUGACAACAUUAAAUACAUGGACACUUUGGUCCGGGCAAAUGAAACACCCGGCACGUGCUGUUACCAGAAAUUUAAACUGCCUAGCACGUGCAAAUUACCAAUAUUUAUUUUUAUUAUGGACGGCCCCGAGACUGUGAUUAAACAGUAUAUUAUUCACGAAUUAAAUAAACAUGUUAACCUCGGCGAAGACCUCUAUCUGUUCAUUACCAUGUGCAGCGAUACCUACUUUGCUACCAAUUACGAGUUUACCAUACAUGGUAAAAUUGCGCCCAAGUACAUAUCGAACGUACCCAAUGAGAUUAUGACCGAGGUGCAUUAUAAUUUGACGCAGGAACAGUUGGGCGAGCAAAAGGCCCUAGUGGCUAAACUUCGAGAAACCGACGAUUUAAUAAAUUGGCCUCUGAAUAACAAUCUGGUAAUAAAUGACGAUGAUGAAAUAACUGAUUAUGUGUGCAAUUAUUAUACGAGCGUAAAAUACAUAAAAGCAAAUGUCCCUAAUGUUAGUGAUUCGAUGGAAAUUACACCAAUUAACGAGUGCAAGGAGAUUAUCGCCCGGGAACCGAUCGUGGUCAGCGCCGAUUACCUAGACACAUUUAUAAAUAAACUAGCCGAUUCGUAUACAGAGCAAAUUUUGACCAUGAUGGAUUCCGAUAAAUUUGUCGCACUUGACAACGAAAUUAUAGCCAUAUUCAAUGAACUCUCGGCCGAUUUAGUCAACGAAAGUCAAAAGCAAAAGUUUAUGUCACAAUUGGACGAAAUAAUUACAGAAUCGGCCGUAAAAUACAAACACGUAUUCAAUGGCGGCCCACAAACACUAACUGACACAGAUAUAAGCGACAAUGAACACCGGGGUAAUACCGGAGAGGGACCGGGACUGACAUUGUCGGACACUAGUAAGACGGCGUGUCGUUUAAAGCGAAAGUGCUCGAGUGUUUGUAGGAAAGGUGAAUCAAAACAAAAAUUGGACACUGUUAAUCCGACCACAAUUGAACAGGUUUUAAAUACACUUCAACCCGACACGGUCAAUUACGUGGGCGCAGUUAAUACACACGUUACCGAUCUAGAUCAGCCAAUGAAUGAGAUGCAACCAAUAGCUAGUGUGGCCGCAAAAUUAGCCCAUACUAGCGUUGUGACUGUCCAUUCGCACAAAGUGGUCGCCCAGGCUAAACACCAUCAAGCUGCUAACGUUGUUGCCAAUGACCAUGAUGGUAAUUUUAUUAGCACAGCUGUGAUCGAUGAGUUCACCCGAUUCGCUGCCGGCAUUCGCGACCGUUUAGAUCUACACAAUGUGUUUCAUACGAAAAAGUCACGCAUUUUAGACCAAUUGAAAAUUUCCGAGACUAUUGUCAGGUCUGAUACGAAUCGGUUUGACGAACAAAAAGGUGAAAUACUGGCUAUGAUUAAGAAGUUGAAGCUAAGCGCCAAACUUAUCACGGUGUACACAGCGCUGGCCAUUGUUAACGAGCCCUGGAUGUGGUCAAUAAUGGGCGAUUCGUUUUACUCGUGGGGCUCAGGACGGGCCAUGUAUGCUAUGAUGGCUUGUUUUUGUUGCACAGUAUACGGGUGCCGCACAUCAAUCACCAUGCACGAAUUGGAUGGUAAACUCGAGUGCAUACCACUGAUAAGCGGGGUGAAAGUUGAUAACAGAAAUCAACAAGAUACGUUAAAUGUGAAAUAUUUUACCAAGUACUGUUUGAAAGUAAAAUUUUACACCAAACUCAUCACACCGGGAGUCGUGUGCGGUGUCGUACCUUCCAUAGCGGCUCACGUGAUCACAUCGAUCAUGUGCUAUAAGGGUUGGUACGGCGUGACUGACCAUUCGCUGUUUUCGCUAGUGUUAGCUAACUUAUCGUUGACCCUAUGGAUGACAAACGCAACGUACAUGGGUUUUGGUUACGCGUUUGUCCUACACGUGUUGAUCAUUGGUUACAUGAAGUAUAUAUUCAGGCAAAUCAACGACUCCCUGGCCAUCGGCACCCGUUAUGGCAACGCUUUACUAGUGAGGGAAGCGAUUGCUCGACACCAGAAGUGGACUGUAGUGGUGGAAAAGUCACUUGCCUUUGUUAACGAGCCCUGGAUGUGGUCAUUAAUGGGCGACUCGUUUUACUCGUGGGGCUCCGGGAGAGCUAUUUAUACCAUUGUGAUAUGCUGUGUUACACCUUCAAUAACUGCCCACGCGAUCACGUCGAUCAUGUGCUACCAGGGUCGCUACGGUGUGGCGGACCACUCGCUAAUUUUUCUAACCCUAUCUAACAUAACGCUCGCCGUAUGGAUUAUAAACGCCACAUACAUGGGCUUUGCCUAUGCAUUUGCGCUGCAGGUUUUGACCGUUGGUUACAUGAGGUAUAUAUUCAGGCAAAUCAACGACUCUCUGACCGUUGCCACCCGUUUCGGACGUAAUAUAGUUGUCCUAAAAGCCAUCGCACGGCACCAG